CAAACAUGGCGACAGAAUGGAGUGGGAAAGGGUUCACGCUGACUUUAAUGCUGUUAAUUUAUAGUGGAGUCUGUGCGAAUGGAGCGGAAUCUACGGGGAGCGACAGCCGGAUCCUCGGCAUGCGCCUGGAGAGGAGCGACAAGCCCGCCAUGAUCACCGAUGAUGGUAUCCUACAGGUAACCGAGGAGAGUGACAUCCUGCUCAGGUUCUACGGGCUGCAGAUCAGCAAUGACACUUGGACGCAGAUUAAGUUCAUGGAGCAGGGCGAGGACAUCAGCGCUGACUUAAACAGGACUUGUGCUGACUUCACAAAAGACAUCUCCAUCAGGGCUAGUAUGAGUGUCAGCAGCCAGGGCACAUCAGGGGUGCUGGGGGUCAAAAUUAAACCACUUAGGAAAAGCGAGUCCCAGAGGGAUUAUGGUGUGUGCAUCAGACACAGCCAAGAUGGAAAGUGGUACCUCCUGGGAGAACAUGAUGGAAAGUUACGGGUGGUGGAGGAGAAGUCGUCACUGCUUCCCAUUUGGUUCCAGGUGAUCUUGAUCAUUUGCCUUCUGGUGCUGUCAGGUAUGUUUAGUGGGUUGAAUCUGGGUCUCAUGGCUUUGGACCCCAUGGAACUGCGAAUCGUGCAGAGUUGUGGCACGGAUAAAGAAAAGAAGUAUGCACGUAAGAUCGAACCCAUUCGGAGGAAAGGGAACUACCUGUUGUGCUCGCUUCUCCUUGGAAACGUAUUGGUCAACACCACACUGACCAUCUUGCUGGAUGAUCUCAUUGGCUCUGGUUUGGGUGCUGUGGUGGCAUCAACCAUAGGCAUUGUCAUCUUUGGUGAGAUUGUUCCUCAGGCCCUCUGCUCUCGCCAUGGCUUGGCAGUGGGUGCCAAUACCAUCCUUGUCACCAAGUUCUUCAUGCUUGUCACCUUCCCAUUGUCCUACCCCAUCAGUAAGCUCCUAGAUUGUGUGCUGGGCCAGGAGAUUGGCACUGUAUACAACAGAGAGAAGCUGGUGGGGAUGCUGAAGGUGACUGAGCCAUACAACGACCUGGUGAAAGAGGAACUCAACAUGAUACAAGGAGCUCUGGAGUUGAGGACUAAGACGGUGGAGGACAUUAUGACCCCACUUAAUAACUGCUUCAUGAUCAACAGUGACGCUGUCCUGGACUUUAACACCAUGUCUGAGAUCAUGGAGAGCGGGUACACCCGCAUACCUGUUUAUGAGAAUGAACAGACCAAUAUCGUGGACAUUCUCUUUGUGAAAGACCUGGCGUUUGUGGACCCAGACGACUGCACUACGUUGAAGACCAUCACUAAGUUCUACAACCAUCCAGUACACUUUGUCUUUCAUGACACCAAGUUGGAUUCCAUGUUGGAGGAGUUUAAAAAAGGUAAAUCCCACUUGGCGAUUGUUCAGAAAGUUAAUAACGAGGGGGAGGGAGAUCCGUUCUAUGAGGUGCUGGGAUUGGUCACCCUGGAAGAUGUCAUUGAAGAGAUCAUCAAAUCAGAAAUCCUGGAUGAAUCUGACCUCUACACUGAUAACCGCAACAGAAAGAAAGUGGCACACAAUAAGAACAAACGUGACUUUUCUGCCUUCAAAUACGAGAGUGAGUCUAAAGUUAAGAUCUCUCCUCAGUUGCUGUUGGCCGCUCACCGCUUCCUUGCAACAGAGGUAAAUUUGUUCAGUCAGUCUCAAAUAUCAGAGAAAAUUCUUCUGCGGAUCCUUAAGCACCCUGAUGUGAUCCAAGAGAUCAAAUUCAACGAGAACGACAAGCGAUCACCGCAGCACUACCUUUACCAACGUGGCAAACCGGUGGACUUCUUCAUACUCAUAUUGCAGGGCCGUGUGGAAGUGGAGGCUGGGAAUGAAAAUAUGAAGUUUGAAACCGGACCUUUCUCUUUCUAUGGAGUCACAGCUCUUAGUGCACCGACAUUAGAGUUCCGUUCACCCUCUUAUAUCAGCGGACUGAACCGUUCUGCAUCUCUGAGUCACACGGAUCGCCCUGAACUUCAGUCCGUAAGUGGCAGCAAUACACAGCUCAAUAGCGCCGCCUCGCCACAGUACACACCAGACUUCAAUGUGAGAGCUCUUGUUGACCUACAGAUUGUUAAGAUUACACGCUCUCAGUAUCAAAAUGGCCUUGUUGCAUCACGGUUGGACAGCUCACCGCAAUCUCCUGACAGCGGACACACACGAGUGGAAAACAGCACAUCAUCUGCCCCGCUUCUCUCAAUAGAAAACAUGCUCACUCUUACAGAUGGCCCUGAUGAGACAACCUCCCUCCUCAAUGAGCAAAACUGCCUACCUUCACGCCAGGCCAACCACAACUCUCAUAACUAGAGUGCCAUCUGACACACUCGCACACAAUCAUCAACACACACUGACAUCGGUGACCACAUGGUUGUUUGACUGGCAUGCACAAUCAACCACUGGACCUACGGACGAAUCGAGAUCCCAAACACUUGGAGGAUGUUAAGCACUUUUCCAGACAUUGGUUAAACAUUCCAGUAUAAACAGACACCUUUCAACGCUAACGGGAAUUUCUGCUGGUAACUUCAUUCUGAUGAAACAUAUCACUGGGGGCUAUGAGGAGCAAUAGUUUCACAAGACAGCUGAAAAAGACGUUGUGUAAUAAAUUGUGCAAGAUGAAAGCACAGAGAAGCCAAAGUGUACCUGAACUGAGAAGGGCCCCUGUUUCAAACAGACAGCUUUUGGAGCAUUUUAUAGACUGUGCGAAUGGAAAAAAUUAUAUACAGUGUAUGAACAUUUUUGUUGAGACUGCUCAUAGAAAUGUUCUGAAGUCAUUGUGAAAGAGGGAAACUGUGGAUGCCUAUUUUAUUAUAAGUAUUUUUGUCUUUUUUUUCUUCCAGAAAAUAAAUAUCUAAACAGUCUUAAAACAAGAUAGAUUUACUUGAAGUGCAGUAAGAAAAAUAAACUUAAUUCAGGACAUACUGUUUUUUCUUAUUGUCUCAACAUGGUUUUCUUGUUUUAAAGGGAUUGGUUUACCCAAAACAUUUUAUUCUAUCUACAUUUACUCACCCUCAUGUUGUUCCAAACAUGUUUGGUUCCAAAAGGAGAAAGAAAGAACGAACGAAAGAGAGAGAGAGAGAGAGAGAGAGAGAGAGAGAGAGCGAGACAUAUGGGUUUGGAACCAUUUGACCAUGAGGGUGAGUAUAUGGUGACAGAAUUCAAAUUUUUUUUGUGAACCAAUAUCUUUAAAGGGAUAGUUCACCCAAAAAUGAAAUUUCUCAUUAUUUACUCUCUCUCAUGAUAUCCCAGGUGUGUAGGUCUUUCUUCCUUCAGCAGAACACAUUUGAAGAAAAUUAGAAAAAUAUCUCCGCUCAGUAGGUCCUUAAAAUUCAAGCGAAUGGGGAUUUAUCUUUUGAAGCUCCAAAAAUCACAGACAGUCAGCAUAAACGUCAUCCAUACAACACCAGCUGUAAAUUAAUGUCUUCUAAAACAACAAGAUCACUUUUGGUGUGAAAAAGAUAAAUAUUUAAGUACUUUUUGUUUUACUCUAAAUCAUGCUUCCGGUCAGCAGCGGUAUGCACGUGUCAUAAUCGCAUUGGCAUUUGAAACAUGCGAGAACUGAGGCAUGUGUGUCACAGCCAGAAGAGCAGCGCUGUUUACAAGUGAGAUGGAGGAACGCUGACAGUAGGUUUUGGUUUAGAUAUGUAUUGAUCUAUUUCUUUACUCACAAUAGUGCAUUUGUGUGCUCAUCCUGGAUGAAGAAGACAUUAAUUUAACAGCUGGUGUCGUAUGGAUGAAGUUUAUGCUGGCUGUCUGUUAUUUUUGGAGCUUCAAAAAAGAAAUCUCCAUUCACUUA